CCGGUCCCUACAGUGAUACGUACUGCAGAAGUAUGGCACACUGCAGUGUAACGGCACACUACUCCACCGGUAUUCCACUGGAAUAUAUGCUUGCCAGCGUCACGACCAACCCAUAUCCCUGUCUCUCUGCUGACUAUUUUACAUCUGUAGAAACUUCUACAUAUCGAGAGUUGUGCAGUUCUGCUUCGGAGAGACGUCAAGAGAGCACCAAGGCCAGGUUUUAUAUGCUUUGGAAGUGAAUCUUAUUUGCGAAUGAUUUCCUCCUUGGUUUCGUAUUACAGAGGGAGUGAGUGGAGCAGCGCGAGUAUCGCUAUGUAAAACCAACUGCAUCAUGACAUGUUUUACCGAUGUUUCGCAAAGAAAUCUAAAGGAAAAACGCGAGCUAAUAGCCUUCAGCUGACAUUUGUUAGUAUGUGGAAUCAUUUGUAACUAACUGAAUCGUCCGAAAACAAAGCCGAGAUAGCGGAAAGGAUACGGUAUCUGUCGUUAGUUUACGCGGAGGGAACUGACAGAGAGCGUAGGCUAUUGCAUUAUCACCACAGCUGCUGAACAGAGGAGCAUAAAGUGAACGAAUACUACGGCUGCCAGAGGCUGUUCCCACACUGUCUAUCUCCACUGUCACUCAACAUCAACCAGCGAAUCAACGGCCUCGCUGAGACUCUAUCGGAGCCAUGGGUGAGGCUAAGGUCCUGAUGUUGCUUCUUCUGAUUGGUUGGGAGAAGUCGUUGAGUCUCAACUGGAACCCAAUACCACGCAAGACCGUCAGAUAUCAUGAGGUACUGGACAGCAUGGCCAGGUUCCGGGCUCUAGGUGUGUGGAACUACACCAUGGUGACUCUAGCAGAACACGAGAGAGUUCUGUAUGUAGGAGCUAGAGAGGCCCUGUUCGCCCUGGACCCUAACGACAUCAGCAGACAGCUACGACCUCUGAUUGAGUGGCCAGCACCACAGGAGAAGAAGAGAGAGUGUUCUGCCAAGGGCAAGAACAACCAGACAGAGUGCUUCAACUACAUCCGCUUCCUGCAGAGCUACAACCACACCCACCUCUACACCUGUGGAACCUUCGCCUUCCAGCCCAAGUGCACCUACAUCAAUGCUGACCACUUCAGUCUCAACCCUGGCUCCCUGGAGGAUGGGAAGGGCAAGUGUCCCUACGACCCUGCCAAAGGCCACACAGGCCUCAUAGUGGACAAGGAGCUGUACUCUGCCACACUGAAUAACUUCCUGGGUACUGAGCCUGUGAUCCUGAGGAACCUGGGACAGCAACACUACAGCAUGAAGAGUGAAUACCUGCCUGCCUGGCUCAACGAGCCUGACUUUGUGGGCUCAGCCCUGGUGAGGGAGAGCAGUGGCAGUAAGGAAGGUGACGAUGACAAGAUCUACUUCUUCUUCAGUGAGAGAGCUGUAGAGCUGGACUGUGACACAGAGCUCACUGUGGCCAGGGUGGCCCGUGUCUGCAAGGGUGAUCUGGGGGGCACCAGGACCCUGCAGAAGAAGUGGACCACCUUCCAGAAGGCCAGGCUGGUGUGUUCUCUCCCUGAACGCCACGUCACCUUCAACAACCUGCGGGAAGUCUUCACCCUGCCAGGCAUCGACUGGCGCACCACCACCUUCUAUGGCAUCUUCCACGCCCAGUGGGGUGAUGUGGAUGUGUCAGCGGUGUGUCAGUACCAGAUAGGGGAGGUAAAGAAGGUGUUUGACGGCCCCUAUAAGGAGUACAGAGAGGGCUCCCAGAGAUGGGGACGAUACACUGGCACUGUCCCCAGCCCACGGCCCGGAGCGUGCAUUACAAGCUGGCAUAGGGAGAACGGCUACAACAGCUCUCUUCAGUUGCCAGACGCCACUCUCAACUUUGCCAAGAAGCACCCUCUGAUGGAGGAGAAGGCUCAGGCUCGCCCCCUACUGCUCACCAAGGGCAUCAACUUCACCCGCUUGGCAGUGGACCGGGUCAGCUCCCUGGACCAGCGUGCAUACAACAUGCUGUUCAUUGGCACAGCAGACGGCUGGUUACAGAGGGUAGUGAUCUUUGGCUCGGAGGCCCAUGUGAUUGAAGAGAUACAGCUGUUUGAUUCUCCCCAGCCAGUGGACAGCCUAACCAUCUCUCACACCAAGAAGUACUUGUACAUUGGCUCACGUUCAGAAGUGCUCCAGCUGCCCUUGGCUAACUGCAGCCGUUAUCAGUCGCAGCCAGACUGCCUUCUGUCCCGGGACCCCUACUGCGCCUGGGACAGCGAGGGCCGCGCCUGUGUCCGCAUCGACCUCCACCGCGGGUCUACCUCCUCCCUAUCCCAAGAUCUGAUGCUGGAGAGAUUCAGUAGGGGCAAAGCCAAAUUUGACAAGCCUGUGGCCAUCCCCAGCCCUGACAACUCUCGGCUGAGGAAUGUGACAGUAGUGGUAGAAUCAGACAUGGUUUUGCCCUGCCAGCUGGUGUCCAACCUGGCCCAGCCCUCCUGGGUCCUCAACGACCGUGAGCUGCAGCUAGGAGACGAGGAGGCCGGAGGGCCACGCUUUGACCAGGCCCUGAAGGCUCUGGUGGUCCCCAACGCCAUGCCAGUGCACGCGGGACGCUACGUGUGCUACUCCGAAGAGCAGGGGGUCAAGUUUCAGAUGGAGCGUUACCAGGUGUCGGUGGUGGCCAGCUCCCCUGUGGUCAUGGCGGCCCGGGCCCCUGACGGCAGCAUGGGUCUGUUCUGGGUGUUGGUGAUCACCCUGGGGGCCGCCUGUUUAUUACUAUUGGUGGCAGCUCUGUAUCUGAGGAGACGUCUGAAGCUGGCCCUAGGUAAAGGGGCGGACAUGAAACCUCUGGAGAGCACCCUGGUCUACCCCAUCACCCUGCCCAAGGAGCCACCCACCUUCGUGCCCAGCAAAAUGCCCAGCGACGAGGACCGCUUCUGGGAGACGGGCGCCAACUACUACUACUCAGACGGCUCGCUGAAGAUCGUUCCGGGCCACGCCCUGUGCCCCAGCAGCCAGUCUCACCACCACGCUCCAACAGCGUCUCCCAGCACCAUCCCCGGCCAGCCCAUCCAUUCCCCCAGCCGGCUCAGCCUUACCAACAUCAGGGGUUCCGGCAGCAACGGCUACAUCCGCCUCAACCUGAGCUCGGCCGGGGAGGAGAGGGUUAGCGGGGGUGGUUCUGGUGGAGGAGGGCUGGGCGGGGGCGGAAACGACUACUCCAGCCCCUUCAAGGAGGAGCUGCGUCGGACCCUGCAGCAGAGGAGCGUGCUGCCUGACGCCAACCCUGAAGAGUCGUCUGUGUAGUCUUUCUCCACGCCUGCCGUAAUGAAAAAACAAAACAAGAGACAACGAACGGCAACUAACCUACCUCCCUCCUCUCUCUCUCUUUCUCGGCUCCACUGUCACCAUGCUCUUUCUUUCUCUCUCCUUCUGCCAAUGCUCGUUUGGCUGACUCUGUGACUGGCAGAAGACGCUUUUAGCACAGAGCAUGUGAUGUGACACACACGCCGAAUAUUCAUCAGCAUCCGCUCCUGUUAUUAUUGUGUUCCAUCCGCUCCUGUUAUUAUUGUGUUUCAUCCGCUCCUGUAAUCAUUGUGUUCCAUCCGCUCCUGUUAUUAUUGUGUUCCAUCCGCUCCUGUUAUUAUUGUGUUUCAUCCGCUCCUGUUAUUAUUGUGUUCCAUCCGCUCCUGUAAUCAUUGUGUUCCAUCCGCUCCUGUAAUCAUUGUGUUCCAUCCGCUCCUGUAAUCAUUGUGUUCCAUCCGCUCCUGUUAUUAUUGUGUUUCAUCCGCUCCUGUUAUUAUUGUGUUUCAUCCGCUCCUGUUAUUAUUGUGUUCCAUCCGCUCCUGUUAUUAUUGUGUUCCAUCCACUCCUGUUAUUAUUGUGUUCCAUCCGCUCCUGUUAUUAUUGUGUUCCAUCUGCUCCUGUUAUUAUUGUGUUCCAUCCGCUCCUGUUAUUAUUGUGUUCCAUCCGCUCCUGUUAUUAUUGUGUUCCAUCCGCUCCUGUUAUUAUUGUGUUCCAUCCGCUCCUGUUAUUAUUGUGUUCCAUCCGUUCCUGUUAUUAUUGUGUUCCAUAUGCCAGACUGGCUGUCACAUUUUAACUUCUUCAGCAGUUUAACUUGCUUUCGCUGUGCAAGUCUCAAGCUAUGUAAAUUCUGUAUUUAAAGACAAUUGAACGCAGAGGGCCUACACCUCAAGCAUGGCAGUCAAACAAAUGGAAAGGUUUCCUGAGAGCACUGCUUCAUGAUAAGAGAGGACCAAGAACUCAUGACAAGAUUGUAGCUUCAGCGCUAUACCAAUCAUCCAAUAAUCAAGCAGUACGAGUCGACUGACUGAAAGAUGGAGGAGCUGGCUUGCCUUUUUUCUGUUCUGUUGGAGAAUUUUGCGCUUUCUACACUUAACAUGGGAGUAUGGGAGUCGAUUUUGUAUUUGUGAGCAAAGAGAGUGAGAGAGUCACAUAAAAGACAAAUUAAUCUCAAAAGCAAGACGACAAUCACGUUCCUCUCUCCGGGGGUAAAACCUGGGAAGGAAAGGGAGGGAUGAAGAGAGAGAAAAUGAAGGGAGCUUUGUGUGAAAGACAGAGGGUUUACAUGAAGGACAAACUCUCAAUUGGACUUUCUCGGCUCGAUUUGUACUUUUUUUUUACCUUGUCAGUCUUUCCUCUGAGAAAGUCUUCAAUCCCUGCCACAUUGAUAUAUUGUGACAAUUUAAAUUAAGACAUUUUUUUAUGUGUUGUUUUUCUAUGUCUUACGGACUACAGAAGCAACAAAUGGAGACCAAUGGCUUUAAAGCACCCCUCUGUGAAUGAGAAUGUGAGAGAAGCAUGUACAAACCUCUCCUAUCCCUGCUCAAGGUAGAUAUCUCCCCAAAUAACCUCCACACUAGUAAAUAGUUUUUAGUACUACUUUUACAAUAACUGCACUACACAUUUACACAAGUGGUUCAUGGGAAUUUCAGUUAAACCCAUUCAGAUACACUUCCUUGUGAUAUGAUUAUGGACAUUUUUGUUUGACAUAAUCCCACAACAGAACCUACAACAGCACAUUGACUUAUUAUUCUGAAUUUGAGAUGAGACGAAGGCAUUGCUUUCAGUCAUGUAGUGGGGAUGGCACGGGGGAAUGUAGGUCAACUCUCACUAAACUGUUGCGACUGCAGUGGAUGUCUCAACAAGUGCUUUAUAAUAUGUAUGUGUAAGGGCGGGGGUGGUGGAUGGGUUGAACUGCCAAAAGAAGCCCUCCCUCCCCUGCACUGCCCUGAAUGCCUAACCUGGUGGAUGUAGUAGUGUGUCCUGGAGGGGACGGGCCACAGCACUGUACCUGUCCUAGACACACCCUUUAAUAACCCCUUAUUUCCCUAAACCCCACCCACCUACCUACCUACCGAUGUCCAGAGAAUGACCUGGCGCUACUGUGGAAAGCCUGAAUUCAGAGAGAAGGAUGGACACUGAACUGUAAACCCACACUGCCUGUGCUGUUAGAGGGACAAGCAGACAACAGAUGGAAGAUAGAUGAAUGGCCUGUGACAAACCAACGGCUCCAGAGAGCGAUCAGAGGCUCAUCAAUCAGAGGGGUGGCUUUGUGACACAUCUGCAGGGACCAGAGAACAACACAACACAAAGGAGGAACAAGAGGAGUACGAUGUUUCUUUCUUUCUCACCAAAAUGUAUACUAGAGACAGCUGAAGGGGAUGUAGAAUAUUGUAAUGAUCCCUGGGUUGAAGAGGUACUUACUUGGCCAUCAGUGGUUAGUUCAUCCUAGUGUUGCAUGAUCCUCUCUGCAAAUGUACUGUACACAUCUCUGAUGACAUGAUCAUAAUUGUAAAAGAAGUGUAUCAUGUUUCAAACUUUUGCAGACACUAAUGUUUUCUACUAAAAAAAAGUGUAAUUUAUGAUUAAGAGUUGUUAAGGACUUGUCCAUCUUCUUAACAUGUUUACUUUCGCUGUGCCUCUUCACCUUCGGAUAAGCCAAAGUAGACUGCAGUUGCUUUUUUGAAAAGGUGUAUUAUUAGAUAUUAUUUUAUUAUUCCACUUCAAUAUUUAAGUUUCAACAGUCUGUCCAACUUCAGUUCAAAGAACUCUCAUGCCUGGAACUUUCCUGCAUAUUUUAUUUAGAGAUUAAUUUUCUUCAGAAGGCAACAAGCUUGUGGAUGGUCAACAUCCUGUUUAGAUGUCAGUAGUAAUCUACUGAAGCCGAUCCCUGACUUCCUAGCACAUGAGAAAGUAAACAAAUCAUCAGAGCGUCAUAGGACCAACCAAGCAAAGCAACUUCCUUUUAACCAAAUGAUAACUCGUGAUUUCAUGAUCUGAGGUUUGAUAUAAAAUCUUAAAUAUUUAUACAUCCAUUUAAUAUCUGUAGAUUGAAUAUGUUACCAAGCACUGGUUCAGACACUUUACAAUCUAUUAACAUUGCUGUGAAUUCAAGCUACAGGAGCUAUUAAGAUUGGUAUAGAUAUUUAACUGAUUUGUCUUAUAAUUAUGUAUUUAAAAAAAUCCUUGGACAUUAUGUCUGAUAUGUCAUAAAACUCUCUUAGAAGAAAAUGAUCCAUCAAACUCACAAAAGUGAUGUAAGGCACAAUCUGGAUCUAUAUAGCAAAAAGGCAGUAACUGCUCAUAGCGUGGAUCUGAGAAAAAAGGCUUUUAUUUACCUUGGUUUAACAGUAACUUUAUGCAGUUACUACUAACAUGACCCCUAUGUUCUCCAAAACACAAUACAAUAGAGGCAGGAUACUUGUCCACAUGAUUAAGCAAUGUAGCAGAAAUGACAUGAACUCAUUUUGGACCAAAUGAGCAGUUACUGCCUUUUUGGAGAUUACACUCUGCCGGUCAUAAACAACGCUUUCCACAAUCUUCUCAUCUAAGCCUUUUUAUUCUGUUGUUUUUCAUUAAUAUUAUUAUUAUUAAUUUCCUUUUUGGCUUUAAGUUGCAAAAGUUCCUCUGUCUGUUUGUUCCCAAUCUUUUAAUGUUUUUGAAAGGAUGUUAAGUAAAUUAUUUUGCUUGUAAAAACAUGUCGAUAUUUAUUAUCAUUGUACAUAUGUCCUUAUUUUUUUAUAUGUGUAUAUAUACAUGAAUAAAAGUAGAAAUCUA